CAUUCUGACACAUCCACUUGCAAGGUAAUGCAAGCCAGACACGGCAUUCUUGUUUACAUGAGGUUUGUGUUUUACCUGCCCUCAAUUGAGUUUCAUCGAGUGAAAUGACAUACUUUUCAAACAGAAUUUGCAGUUAGAAGAGAACGGGUGUGCGUCUCGCAGUUUUCACCACCACCUGGCGUAAACGAGGAGCAUUUGGAAGUGUGUGAAAGAACGGACUUGUAAACAGUACGAUUUCCUGCUGGCAAGGAUGCCGAACACGUGGCUGAUGGUAGUAUUCGGGGCCACAGGAGCACAGGGGGGCUCCGUGGUCAACGCCUUCUUAAAGGACCACGCCUACAAGGUCCGCGCCGUAACCAGGGACGCCUCAAGUGAAAAAGCGGAGGAAUUGCGGGCUAAGGGCUGUGAAGUUGUACAGGCAGAUCUAGAUGACGCUGCCAGCGUUCGCCAAGCGGUAGAGGGCGCUUAUGCUUGCUUCGGUGUUACUAACUUCUGGGUGGACACCAAGGAUCCCCCUCGCGAGAUCCAACAGGGUAAGAAUCUAGUCGACGCCGUGAAAGACGCUGGCGUAAAGCACUUUAUCUUCAGUGGAUUUGAAUAUAUACAGAAGAUUAUUGGGAUAGAAUGCCCACACUUUGACGCCAAAGGACAGAUAGAAGAAUACAUGCAGGAGUCGGGUGUACCCUUUACCGGUAUACGAGUGUCUUUCUACUAUCAAAACUUCUUGACCUAUUUUCCGCCCAGGAAGGUAGACGAAGGGAAAUAUGUACUCGAAAUCCCGAUGGGUCACUCAAUGAUGGACGCCAUUGACGUAAAUGAUAUAGGCGAGUGUGUCCACUCUAUUUUAGAGAAGCCAAAGGAGUAUCUCGGCCGUUUCGUCGGUCUGAGUGGAACGUCCAUGACCGUCAGUCACUAUGCAGAUGUUUUUUCAAAGGUUUUCGCGCCAAAUCAAGUCACUGAUGCUAAGAUGACUACCGACGCUAUGAUGAAGAAAAGUCGCCGUAUAGGAGCAAUAGACCUUGCCGUUAUGUUCGAGUUUUUUAAGCGGGGUCAUCCAGACCGGGAUAGCGUUCUGACCAGAAAACUCAACCCGAAAACAUCGUCCUUUGAGGCUUGGUUGAAGGCCAACAAGGAGAAAUUUAACGAUGUUUUUCGCUGAAAGGAGGAAGCGUUGUGUAGCACCUCACGAUAUCAUGUUAUAAGACGUUUUGAGCAAUUGCAGUCACAUUUUAAAAUUCUAAGACACCUUUUUUUUUCAUUUUAUUAGUCGACAAGACAAUGUCGUCUGACACAGGAGCUUUAUCCGCAGUUUUAUUUUGAAUGUGACGCGAACUCUAAUCUAGCAAAAAACAAAAAUGUAUUCUAAACGCCAAGUGUAAACUCUGUAGUGUAACUACGGUUCCCAGCGGGGGUUCUAGAGGA